GAUAAUAAAUAUAGUAUAUUGGAACACACCUCUGUCUUUAUUAUAGCAGCGUACAUAACAAAUUAAGCCCCGUGUACAACGUUCAAAUCGAUUUCAUUCAAAAUGUUAAAACUAUUAGCAUAUUUGAUCUGUCAUUGUUAUACAAGUCUCAAGUUUUGAUGACGAAAAGCUUGGUUUAAGAAAUUUAAAUUUAAUCUUGCUUUAUCAAAUUACAUCGCUUGUAAAAUGAGCAAUAGAAAUCAUUCCAUUGAUACCAUAGAAAGCAGUAAUUCAGGAAAUAGAAGCAACGUUACUUUAGAUACUGCAAAUUUGAUUCCAGGAGAUGUAAAUAUUCAGUCAUCCAACAGGACUUCCUUUUCACCUCAAACGUGGUUAUUCCAAAGUUUAAGUGGUAUUCGUAGCAGUCAAAGUAACGAGAACAGUGUAAAUAAUGGAGAAAAUAGUCGAAAAUUGGGAACAUUUUCUGGAGUAUUCGCACCAGUAUGUCUUUCGAUGUUUAGUGCCCUUCUGUUUCUUCGAAUAGGUUUCGUUGUUGGCUUUGAUGGCUUGUUGUUAAUGAUUGCUCAGCUUUUGCUCGCAUAUAUUAUUCUUGUUGCAACUGUCUUAUCAAUUUGUGCAAUAUCUACAAACGGAGCUGUUGAAGGUGGUGGUGCUUAUUUUAUGAUUAGUAGAGCCUUAGGUCCUGAAUUUGGAGGAAGUAUUGGAACAUUAUUUUUUCUGGCAAAUGUAUUUUCAAGUGCACUUUACGUCACCGGAUGUAUUGAAGGAUUUGUAGAUGAUUUCGGACCAUCAGGAAGUAUAACUUCAUACUUUCCAUCAGAAUUUUGGUGGCGUUUUUUGUAUGGAUCAUUCCUUAAUUUUUUUAAUCUAAUUGUGUGUCUUAUCGGCGCUUCGAUGUUUGCACGAACCUCGUUAAUAAUUUUUUUUGUCGUUAUUGCAAGUGCUGCAUCUGUGUUUGUUAGUUUCAUGGCACAAAAACCUUUUUCUGUUGCUUUGCCGGAAGAAAAUACUUAUAUUAGACAAUACAAUAUUUCACGUGCCAAUUAUACUGGAUUCAAUUGGGAGACAUUCAAGGAAAAUUUGUGGAGUAACUAUACAAUAGAUUAUACGACAGACCAACCUACAAAUUUUGCAACAGUAUUUGCAGUGUUGUUCAGUGGUGUGACUGGAAUUAUGGCAGGAGCAAAUAUGUCAGGAGAUCUUUCAAAACCAGGGAAAUCUAUUCCUCAAGGGACUCUGGCAGCAGUUGUAUUUACUUUUUUUACUUAUCUUAUAUUAGCUGUUCUGACUGCUGCCACUUGUUCAGGUCUUCUUCUAAGAAAUAACUUUCUUUAUAUGCAAUACGUUGAUCUUUGUCCUCAACUAAUUGCCGUCGGUGUCUUUGCCGCAACGUUGUCUGCCUCCUUGAGCAACCUUAUUGGCUCUUCCCGUGUUCUCGAAGCUUUAGCCAAAGAUGAAUUAUUUGGUAAGUUAAUGUACAAUUAGAAAAUUAGUACUAGA